AUGCUGUAUUUUCAAUAUUUGGAAAGAAGCUCUGAAAAAAGCUGUAAUAAUUAUAUUGAAAUAGGUAAAAAAGAUACUAAUAAAGAGAAUAUAGAUGCAGAUAUAGUUAUAAAUCAAGAUAUCGAAGUUACCAGUACUAAAAAUAGUGAAAGCAAGGAUUUUGUUUCUUAUUUAGAUGAGUAG